AUGACAACUGCAACGAUCAAGAAAGAAAAGAAUGCAAGGGGAAUGAGAACCAAUGCUCCGAUGUCGAUCCACGAAGAGAAGAAGCCGCCGGAGGAGUGCUCCAGAGCAGUUGUCGUUGGGUGGUUGGAAGAAGAAGCUGUUGGAGCAGCGGAGCAGGAAGAGACGAGGACGAGAGUAAUGAGCAAAGAGACGGAGAUCAUUUCAGAAUAG